AUGCAGGUGAAAGAAGCCAUCCUUAAGAUGCGAAAACAGAAAAAACCCAUCCGAGAAAUUGCUACAAUAUUAGGAGUGGCAAAAUCUACAGUGUGGUAUAUUCUAAGAAAGAAAGAAAGCACUGGUGAACUCAGCAACGCAAAAAGACCUGGACGUCCACGGAAGACAACAGUGGUGGAUGAUCGCAGAAUCAUUUCCAUGGUGAAGAGAAACCCCUUCACAACAGCGAACCAAGUGAACAACACUCUCCAGGAGGUAGGCGUAUCAAUAUCCAAGUCUACCAUAAAGAGAAGACUGCAUGAGACAAAUGUCUUCAUCAAAGGACUUCCUCGAAUACUCCUCAGUGAGUUGAAUUUUGAUUUAUUACCUGGAAUCACGGAUGACGUGUUUGUGGAUGAGGUUUAUGUGUUGGCAGAAAGUUACCGUUCUGCAGUUGCAGUGUAUGGAAGCUUGCCUCCAUCACAAAAUAAAAAAGUGAAACACUGCCUCCAUUACAAGUUUACAGUCCUGACCAAAGCCAACAAAACCUCAGAGUACAGUGCUGUUGGUGUGUAUGAUGACAGACAGAUCAAACACUACAGUAAUGACUGGACCAAAUCUCCUGUAAACCCACCUGAUUUUAAAAACUGGCUCAUAUAUCAGAUAAGGGCUCUGUCAAACUGCACAGACUCUCAGUGUUCUGAGCUCCAUGUUCUUCAGAGAAUAAUGGGCUGUGAACUGGAAAAACUUCCUAAUGGAACCGUGCAUCUGAGAGCAUUUGAUGAAUAUGCAUUUGACGGAGAGGAUUUUAUUGCCUUUGAUUUUGACACACUGCAUUGGAUUGAUAAAAACCCCAAAGCCAAAGAAACCAAAAGAAAAUGGGACCUUCAAACAGUGCACAACCAGUUUCUACAGUAUUUCCUCAAAAACUGCAUGAACUGGAUUUCAACAUUUAACAACACCAAUACAACUCCACCAGAUGUUCAUGUCUUUGCGAGGAAAGUUCCUGGUGAUCACAGUAAGCUGAAUCUGACCUGUCUGGCCACUGGUUUCUACCCCAGAGAUAUCGAGAUGAAUAUUAGCUUGGACGGAACUGUACUUGGGAACCAAAUAUCAUCUGGAUUUAGACCAAAUGAUGAUGAAACCUUUCAGAUGAAAACCAGUGUGGAGAUCGACAGAAAUCACAAAGGAUCUUAUGACUGUUUUGUCAUUCACAGCAGCCUGUCAGAACCAGUUUCAGUAGAAUGGGAUGGAAAAUGUAUUGACUGUGAAACAGAAUCUCCACUGCCUGUUAGAGCAGUAGUAGUUCUAGUUCCAGUUCUAGUUCUUACUUUGAUUGGUUACUUCAUCUGCAAAAGGAAAAGGUCUAAUGGCAAAUGGAAAUGGAAAAUACUAAAUGACAAAUUAUUGCAGUGAAACAUCAGGGGGUUUUAUGUGCUUCUGGCCAAACUGACUACUGUAAAAUUAAACACUGAAAGCUGAAAUAAUCAGUAGUAUUUAUGACUUUCUAAAUUAGGAAAAAAAUCUAGAGAUUAAGGAAUACAGCCAUCAGAAAAAAAGAAAGAGUUCAAAUUUUUUUGUCACUUCCUCAUUUCCUCUUCCUAAAAGUGUCAUAAAUGACCAAACUGAAUGUUUCUCAAGAUUUGCUUAGAAUGUGAUCAUAUUUGAAAUACUUGAAAUUGUGUUUGUUUUUAUAAAAAA